GGAAGUGUUUUUGUAUGAGAUCCUCCCGGUCAGCUGUGCGGUUAAAUAUCCGUCGCUUAGCCAGCCAAGAAACACAUUAAAUAAAAAAAGCUAUUUUAGGUUUUACAUUAUGGAUAAUAAUGUAACGCGAUACAAUGUUCAGCUAUAUAUUUAUGAUUUAUCGAGAGGAAUGGCGCGCAGCCUUAGUCCCAUCAUGUUAGGAAAGCAACUGGAUGGUAUAUGGCACACAGCUAUAGUGGCAUACGGUGAGGAGUUCUUCUACGGAGGGGAGGGGAUCUCCAGCUGUCCGCCGGGUGGGACGAUGCUGGGUCCUCCAGACACAGUGGUGGAGCUCGGAGAGACCGAAGUAACUGAGGAGAUCUUCAUGGAGUACCUCUCUUCCCUGGGAGAAAGCACAUACAGAGGAGACAGGUAUCGCCUGUUUGAGCACAACUGCAACACCUUCACCAACGAGGUGGCUCAGUUCAUGACGGGCAACUCCAUCCCAUCCCACAUCACCGACCUCCCAUCAGAAGUCCUCUCCACACCGUUCGGCCAGAUUCUGCGGCCGAUCCUGGACUCGAUCCACAUCGCCCCUCCAGGGGGGAACGUCAUCAACCGGGGGAGAAACGCGUAACCUGAGAGCCGCAGAUCCCCGUGCGCUCACAAGGUCACUUUUAUUGAAGUCAGACAGUCAAGAUAAUUGUCUUUCUUUCUCCUUUCCUUCUGUACAUACAUUACACACUAUAGCAUUUAAGCUAAUGGCCAUUUUGGAAGCUAUUACUGACAAGUGUUUUCUUAAAAAUUAAUAAUUUACACCUCCUUAGGAUCCACAUGAUUUAGUUAUUUAUUAUUAAAGGGGAAUCUGGAAUCAAAUUCAAUGUACUUGUAAAACACAGAUGAAGUUUUGGGUUUUCUAGCAUAGCAGGAUAACAGAUGCUUUUUAACACUUAAAACUGACUUUAAUGAAUGUUGCCUUCUUAUAAAUACAUCUAUGGAAAGUCAGAUGUCCAAUUAAGCUUUUUUCAGAAGUAAAAUAUAACAGACAAAUGUAUAUUAAAGAUUUGGAGCACUGUGGCGUAACUUAGCAUUUUCAUUUUGCAAGAAAUUGUACUUUUACUCCAUAACAUAUAUAACAUAUUGCACUUUUUACUCUAUAACAUUUAUCUAUAGGCUGUAAUCACACCACCUACAACAUUAAAAUACCUCUUGCGCAUUAGUGCAUCCAACUUAGGAAGUACAAUACAUUUUAUACAAAAAAGUAAAUAGUGUUCCUUUACACCUGGAACUAGUUUAAUUCCCAUUUUGGUGUUAAUUUAAUAAGAUUUUACUUCUGUAGUUUAGUUAUUUAAUAAUUAAUGUAAUUGUUUUACACUGACAUGCAUAUCAGAUAUAUGUAGUGUACACUUUUGCAUAGAUAUAUUUAAUAUAUUCAAUUAUAUGAAGGCUGUUUGAAGGAACAUCAGGAUGAAGAUAGCUGAAGGAUCUUUUAAUGUCAACAAUAUUUACAUUUUGCACUUUUAUGAUUGUUUUGUCUAUUGUUCUUUGGUAGCCUGAAGUUAAAUGUCCAUCAUUGACCCUUUUAUACCUGUAAUAUGUGUCAAGUUCAACUGACAAGAUAUGAUUUGAUUUGUUGCAUCUUUUGUGAUAAAGCAGGUUGUUGACACCUAACUCAUACUGCAGUUACAAUAUAUAGAAAGGUGAUGGGGAGAAAACCACAUGUUGAGUAUGUGUCAUUAUAGCAGGACUGGGAUCAGUUCACUUUACAUUUGAGUUAUUCCUACGUAUAUCAUCUCUGCCUGAAACGCCUCCAUUGGACUCCUUUGUUUACUUCCUGAACUUAGUGACAUCACUACAUAACACUUGCGCUUCUAUUGGCUAGCGGCUAGUGCUCCAACACAUUGUACGUGAUAGGCUAAGCGGCGGGACAUCUCUAAGCGGUUGACCAAUCACAACAGAGCCGGACAGCUAACCAAUCAGAGCAGACUGGGCUCUGGUUUCAGACAGAGGGUGAAAAGAGGUGCUGCAGCACAGACAGCAUGAGAGUUAUAAAGAGCUUUUUGAACAUUAAAGCAUGGAGACAUGUCCCAGGAGAGACACUAAGUACAGAUAUGAACCUGAAAAUGAUCUUAAUAGGGCCCCUUUAACUUAUGUCUCAGAUAUUUAAGUGAACUGCACCCCGGUCCUGUUAUAUGACAUGAGUCGUGCCUCUUUGCCACAGGGAGAUGCUGAUUAUAAUUACAUUUUAUUAUACCCUUUUUUUUGUUGCCAUGUGUAUUAUAAAAACUGCUCAUCCACAUAUUUUAAAUACAACUUGUUUGCAUCCUUUGACAGCCACCAGAGUGUGUUGCAUAUACAAUGCACCUCUGUGCCUUCAUUUCCCUCCGCCUGGUGACAGUAUCACUGUUAGGAGCUGGCAUGUUGUUUUGUGCAGCACAGAUGGUAACUCCCUGUGCUGUCUGCAUUCAAAUCUGCUAGUUAGGUUACUGUGUGGAGCUCCAGAAAACGUACACAAAUGAGGUGAAAGUGGGUAGAAGUAGUGAGAAAAACUUAAGUAGUUCAGCAACACUCACAGCCUAUAAUAUCAGUGCAUUAUACACGGCCAUCAGAAAGAACAAAAACUGUCUAAUUUCAAGCUAAUUCAUAGUUUUGACAUAUUUAAGGUUUGCCUGAUGAAGACAGUGUUCCCCAUAUGAACCAUAUUGAACCUCGUGGAACGAUCAAACGGAAAAAAACAAGGAAAUAACAAAGAAAAUGACUAAACCAGCAUUAAAUGUCAUUGCAUCUUCCUGCAAUAAGCAAACAUCUCACAAAUGUUACCUUCCAAGCUGUGACCGUUAUCGUUUCUACCUUGCAGCGUUUAUAUUUCCAAACCUGAUAUUUGUAAGUAUUCGGCCACCGUUUGCCCAUCUAAGAGGCUUGAAGGCUCAAUUUAAUUUGCUCUCUUGUUAUUUUGCCUUCUGCCCACCAACUGAGAGACAUUCUGAGCAGACCAGUGAAAUGUAUUCCUGCACAAAUCACUCUGUUGAUCUGACGUGUGCUGGAUGCUACCUGUGAUGGGAAAUUGCAACAGAUAGUGCUGGAUAUUAUUCCCUAUUUAAUGAUUCUAACUAUAGUAUGUUUAUGCAUAUUGUUUGUGUCAUUGUUUUCUUUUGUAAAUCCACCUAAACAUAAAGCCAUUGAUUGCAAAUUUGAGAA